UUGGGGGCCAAGAGUUCAGUGCCCAGGGGCAGAAGGGCAGCGUGAGGCAGGCACCGAAGGAUAAGCCCCCGGAAGGUGGACACCAAGGACAGGGUCGCUUGCCCGGCUCCUGGUCGCCAUGCUGCUGGCUGUGCUGCUGCUGCUGCUGCUGCCCCUCUCAGACCCACGGUCGGCCCACGGGCACCCACUGUACAUGCGCCUGCCCCCCAGCACCCUGCAAGCUCUGUCAGCCCAGGGGACAAAAGUGUUGCAGGCCGCCCAGAGGAGCGCCCUGUGGGCUGUAAAUCGAGUGGCGAUGGAGCUCCAGCACAGACUGCACGAGUGCCGGGGAUCAGGACCUGGGCGCCCCAGGCCUCAAGGCCCCCUCCUCCAGGAUCCACCUGAGCCAGGGCCGUGUGGCGAGAGGCCCCCGGGUACUGUCAACGUGACGCGGGCCCACGGCCGCAUUGUGGGGGGCAGCGCGGCGCCGCCCGGGGCCUGGCCCUGGCUGGUGAGGCUGCUACUCGGCGGGCAGCCUCUGUGCGGCGGCGUCCUGGUGGCGGCGUCCUGGGUGCUCACGGCGGCGCACUGCUUCGCGGGCGCCCCGAACGAGCUUUUGUGGACGGUGACACUGGCCGAGGGUUCCCGGGGUGAGCAAGCGGAGGAGGUCCCCGUGAACCGCAUCUUGCCCCACCCCAAGUUUGACCCGCGGACCUUCCACAACGACCUGGCCCUUGUGCAGCUGUGGACCCCGGUGAGCCGGGCAGGGGCGGCGCGCCCGGUGUGCCUGCCCCAGAGGCCCCGGGAGCCCCCUACCGGCACUGCCUGCGCUAUCGCGGGCUGGGGGGCCCUCUUCGAAGACGGGCCUGAGGCUGAGGCGGUGAGGGAGGCCCGCGUGCCCCUGCUCAGCGCCGACACCUGCAGAAGGGCCCUGGGGCCGGGGCUGCGCCCCAGCAGCAUGCUGUGUGCGGGCUACCUGGCCGGAGGCAUCGACUCGUGCCAGGGUGACUCUGGAGGCCCCCUGACCUGUUCUGAGACUGGCCCCCGCCCCAGGGAGGUCCUGUAUGGAGUCACCUCCUGGGGGGACGGAUGCGGGGAGCCAGGGAAGCCCGGCGUCUACACCCGUGUGGCCGUGUUCAAGGACUGGCUUCAGGAGCAGAUGAGCGCGGCCCCCUCCAGCCGCGAGCCCAGCUGCAGGGAGCUUCUCGCCUGGGACCCACCCGAGGAGCCGCUGGCAGCCGCUGCCACGCCCUGCGCCUUCUACGCCCACUUGUGCCCCGGACCGCCCGGCGCCUGUGCGCGCCUGGCGCACCAGCAGUGCCUGCAGCGCAGGCGGAGAUGCGAGCUGCGCUCGCUGGCCCACACCCUGCUCGAGCUGCUGCGGGGCGCCCAGGAGCUGCUCGGCCCGCGCCCGGGGAUGCGGCGCCUGGCCGCGGCCCUGGCUCGCCCGGCUCCGUCGCUCCGGGAGUCUGCCAGGCACCCCGUCCGCGAGCAGCGGCUGCACCCAGGAUCGCGGGCUGCGGGCGCGCGGUUCCCGAAGCGGAGGCCGGAGCAGCGCGGGGAAGCGAACGGCUGCCCCGGGCUGGAGCCACUUCGGCAGAAGCUGGCCACCCUCCAGGGCACCCAUGCCUGGAUCCUGCAGGUCCCCCCAGAGCACCUGGCCAUGGACUUCCAUGAGGUCCUGGCAGAUCUGGGCUCCAAGACGCUGACUGGGCUCUUCCGAGCCUGGGUUCGGGCAGGCUUGGGGGGCCGGCACGUGGUCUUUGGGGGCCUGGUGGGCCUGGAGCAGGCCACGCUGGCUCGCAGUCUUCCCCGGUUGCUGGUGCAGGCCCUGCAGGCCUUCCGCUUGGCCGCCCUGGAGAAGGCAGAGCCCGAGGGACCCCAGAUAGGUGCGAGGCAGGAGCGGGGGCUGGGGAGGACUGGCCACCACCCACUCAGCCCUCGGGUUCCCCCAGCCAGGCCGUGAGCCCUGGUCAGGACUUACUGCUCCUAGGGGCUGGGAGGGGUUCAGAGAGUACGAUGACAAACUGUCACAGCCAUCGUUAGCUGGUGGGUGAGGGUGGGGCAGGAGUCCCAGGCCC